AUGGCAAGCCAAGCCGGUCCUGAGGCUGAGGAGGUUGGGUGUGUGCUAGGAAGUUGGCGGAAAGCACGACAUAAAGAGGAAGCCCCUGGAGAGGAUAAGAACCUUCAACACGGGAAACUCCUUCACGACGGAAGCAAGUUUGAACGGUUGGAGGAUGAAUGGACGAGGUUGAGAUGGAGAGAGGUUUUGAUGUCGGUACCAAACAGGAGGCUGGCCGGACUGUGUCGGACUGUGUCGGACUGUGAAACAAGAGAGGCAAAAAGACAAGCCAAAAGGGACAAGCGAUGGAAUCGACCGGCUCAUGACAAAAGGCGCGUAUUUUCCAUGUAUUGUAUUAUGAUGUCUGGAGAGUGGAAAGGGGAACGGUUCUUCCAUCCAUCCAUCCAAAAGCAUGCAUCAAUGUGUGAGGGGAACCUGCUCGUCCGCCAAUAUAGCACACCUUUCUCCAAUCAAGCUGGGACAAGGCCUCUCCUGCUUAUACAGCGAGUUACAAGGAAUACCUCUCCCACUCCGAAACAACAAUACGGCUGGGCUGCGUCCGUCGCCUUGUGA